AUGAAAGGACCAGUUGGGGACGAUGAUGAGCAGAACAGAAGCGAUGAGCAUUUGAUGACCCAACCUCGCAUGGAGUUGAUAGCUCCGGACCAAAUGGAACCCGGGUUGAUGACAGGGAACAUGCUAGCUCCCUUGUCCCCAUCUCAUAGUACACCAAUUGAUCAGCAGCCCCCCAUGAUUCCUGCCCCUGGAGAUGGUUUACAGAAUAGUCAAAUGACGCCCCUGACGUCCUUAUUCUCUUUGGAAACGGGUGAUGAUUGGCGCGGGAGCUCACAAUCCGCCUUGUGGGAUUGCCAGCCUGACCAAGAUUGGGAUGCCCUAUUGACUGGAGAACUCUUUGAUCUGGAUGCUGUUAACAUGACCCUUCUCAAUGAAGCAUCGGAGCAUUUCCCUGCAUUGCAGACGCCACCAGAAAUACCCGCCGGUCGACCCCAGCGUCUCGGCCAAACUUGUGACGAGCAUGUGGGCCAACGUCAGUAUGAUAGUUUACUCCAACGUAAAUGGCAUACAUUUUGCGAGUUUGUUUCAUCCUCGGGUCAGAUGACCCCUGUGGUGCACCAGGAGGGCCAUGAUAUAAACGAUGCUUACCGGGAAAGACUCGCGGAACGUCUGCAGCCAUCAGUGCCAUCUGGAAUCCUGCCAUCUACCACAUUUCUUGACCUUUGCAUUCAAACUUACUUUUCAAAAUUCCACGCUCUAUUCCCGGUUGUGCAUAUGCCCACAUUCCGGCCCGGCAUCCAAAAUUCGAUACUGCUUCUUUCGAUAUGCUCUAUAGGCAGUCUGUUCAUUGGAUCUACCCGUGCACUAGCUCACGGAGUUAGCAUGUUCGAGCGGCUCAACAAAGCCAUACUUGCAUCGUGGGACACUUACCUUUCCACACCAGGGUACACAUCCACAAUAGCACUGCAAGCUUCACUUAUCGGUCAAACGUUUGGCCUACUAGUGGGGCGACCGAAAGACCUGUUUGGGAUUGAAAUAUUCCAUGGGAGUUUGAUUGCUUGGGCUCGCAAAGCCAAGCUGUUUCAUUCAAGACAUGCAGACAGCAACAUCCUCGACCUAGAUGGCGACGAGUUACAAGAUGCUUGGAGUUCAUGGAUCAAAACCGAGGUGAACAUGCGAAUUGUCCUCGGCCUCCACAUUCACGACGCCGAACUCGCACGGAUUCAUCACCACGAACCCCUUCUUCGCCACUCCCUCAGCCGAUUACCUCAAAUAUCAUCAAACGAGCUCUUCGCAGCAUCAACAGCUAUCCACUGGAAAUCACUAAUGGCAGAGAACCAGUCCCGACAGCCAACAACCUCCUGCUCCCAACAAUCCUCAGCGAACACCCGAUCCCGAUCCCAAUCCCGGUUUCAUAACAAUCCCACCUCCACACCCGGCGACUUUGCUCUGAGCGGAAUGCUAGAAUCAAUCAGCGCAUUAUCCAGUGAAGGCAACACCUCAAUAACAGAAUGCCGUGCCCUCCUAACAACCUGGCACGUGGACUACGCACCCAAAGCCCAAAGCAAGCCAUCCUGGCGAAAUCUGAUGAUUCUUUGGCACUCAAUAUUCAUAGCCUUACACGCAGACUUCAACGCGAUAGAAAUAGCCUGUGACCGGGACGGCCACGAAGCAGCACAAAAAUCCAGCCCCUACGUGCGAUCAUGGGUCCGCUCAGCCGACGCAAAACGAUGUAUCCUUCACGCCAUGCUCAUCCAGAAGAACUUCGAGUCGCUCCCCGCUGGUGCCGAGUCGGCAAUUCAUGUCCCACUUUGCUUGUACUACUGUGGUCUUGUUUGGGCUUGUUUUGCGUGUUUCAGCGACAAGGAUGAAGAGCCUGUCACUGUUGAUAGCACGGAUAAUUUUCAUUUUGAGGAGUUGUUGUUGGAAGGUAUUGAUGGCGUUGGUAUAUUGCCUGAACAAUCAAGUGUGCUAUUGCCGAGAAGGUUGGCUUUGGGGUCGUUGUUUCGUAUUAUUGAUUUGUUGCAGAGGGUUAGUCAUUGGAGGAUCUCGCAGAGUUUGGCUUCGACGCUGUUGGCGAUUGUUGACGAAACGCAAGAUUUGUUUUAA